AUGUCAAAGGCGUUACCGACUUACAGGAACCUGCUCCGAGCUGCGCGGGUAGCUUUUCAAGGCGACGAAAGAGUCCUGACCGCCGCACGGUCGUCUAUCCGCGAAGGCUUCCGCGCCAACGUCUCCCUCGAGCCGUCCAACCCCAAUUUCGCAGCAUCCAUCAAGCACGCUGAAGAGGUCGCGGCGAUGUUACGGCAGAACAUAGUGCAGGGAAGGAAGGAUGGGGACACAUAUAAGCUACGGAUACACGAAGACACAGAACGAGGCGACAACGACACCAUCACGAUGCCGAAUGGCCAGAAGGUCAAAAUUGAUGGAAAGACGUGCGCUGAUAAGUGA